AGACGAAAGAUCAAACGUUUGUUAAAAAGUUAACGGUGUCAUACAUUAAAAUACGGAGGGAGUACAGAUUACUGGACCGCUGCAAUCCAGCAACUGCCUUACCUGUUCAUCUUCCAAACUGAUUUGGUUUGUGCUCACAAACCAUUCAUACAGAUUCAUAGUUAAAUCUAACUUGAUCAUAUUUGAACGAGCACUAAUUUGCUGCAGUUGCAUGGCAUCCCUGUCAGUUCCUUCCAAAAUUAGGCUCCUCUCGAUCUUGCACCACCGCGCGCCAAAUCCGCGUGCGACCGCGCGCCGUUUUGACAGCGGCCAUGGCCGUACGGACGGAUGCCCUUCGUUCCCGCGCGGCCACUCCUUCCACCACCACCUCCUUCUUUAGGAGUAGCAGCAGCGCCACCACCAAGCCUUUGGUUUCUUUCACGCGCGCUCGCCACCGCCCUCCUUGCUCGUCCUUCCUUCCUUGCAUGACAUGUCCGCGGCCGCGGUGCUCGCCGUCGUCGCCGCCGCCGUCGCAGCGCUCGCCGCGGCGGCGUCGGGCUACGAGCUGACCAAGAACGGGACCGUCAUCACCUACGACCGCCGGUCGCUGAUCAUCGACGGCCACCGGGAGAUCUUCUUCUCCGGCUCCAUCCACUACCCGCGGAGCCCGCCGGACACGUGGCCCGACCUCAUCAGCAAGGCCAAGGAGGGCGGCCUCAACGUCAUCGAGAGCUACGUCUUCUGGAACGGCCAUGAGCCCGAGCAGGGCGUCUACAAUUUUGAAGGGAGGUAUGAUUUGAUCAAGUUCUUCAAGCUGAUCCAGGAGAAGGAGAUGUACGCCAUUGUCAGGAUCGGGCCCUUCGUGCAGGCUGAAUGGAACCAUGGAGGUCUGCCAUAUUGGCUCCGGGAGAUCCCUGACAUUAUCUUCCGGACGAACAAUGAGCCUUUCAAGAAGUACAUGAAGCAGUUUGUCACUCUCAUAGUGAACAAGCUCAAGGAAGCAAAGCUCUUCGCAUCACAAGGAGGCCCCAUCAUUCUGGCACAGAUUGAGAAUGAGUACCAGCACCUGGAGGUGGCAUUCAAAGAGGCUGGCACCAAGUACAUCAACUGGGCAGCUAAGAUGGCCAUCGCAACCAACACUGGUGUCCCGUGGAUCAUGUGCAAGCAGACUAAAGCUCCUGGUGAAGUGAUCCCUACCUGCAAUGGGAGGCACUGUGGAGAUACUUGGCCGGGUCCAGCUGACAAGAAGAAGCCCCUCUUGUGGACUGAAAACUGGACUGCUCAGUACAGAGUUUUCGGUGAUCCACCGUCCCAACGUUCUGCGGAGGACAUUGCCUUCUCCGUGGCGCGCUUCUUCUCCGUUGGCGGCACAAUGGCAAACUACUACAUGUACCAUGGAGGAACCAACUUUGGAAGGAACGGCGCCGCGUUCGUGAUGCCGAGAUACUACGACGAGGCCCCCCUCGACGAAUUCGGCCUGUACAAGGAGCCUAAAUGGGGCCAUCUCAGGGACCUGCACCACGCUCUCCGUCACUGCAAGAAGGCCCUCCUCUGGGGCAACCCCUCCGUUCAGCCCCUCGGCAAACUCUACGAGGCUCGGGUGUUCGAGAUGAAGGAGAAGAACGUGUGCGUGGCGUUCCUGUCGAACCACAACACCAAGGAGGACGGGACGGUGACGUUCAGGGGGCAGAAGUACUUCGUGGCGCGGCGGUCGAUCAGCAUCCUCGCCGACUGCAAGACGGUGGUGUUCAGCACGCAGCACGUCAACUCGCAGCACAACCAGCGCACCUUCCACUUCGCCGACCAGACGGUGCAGGACAACGUGUGGGAGAUGUACAGUGAGGAGAAGAUCCCCCGCUACAGCAAGACCUCCAUCCGCACACAGAGGCCACUCGAGCAGUACAACCAGACCAAGGACAAGACCGACUACCUCUGGUACACCACCAGCUUCCGGCUGGAGACGGACGACCUGCCGUACCGGAAGGAGGUCAAGCCGGUGCUGGAGGUGAGCAGCCAUGGACACGCCAUCGUGGCGUUUGUCAAUGACGCUUUCGUAGGGUGCGGGCACGGGACGAAGAUCAACAAGGCGUUCACGAUGGAGAAGGCGAUGGAUCUCAAAGUGGGCGUCAACCACGUCGCCAUCCUCUCCUCCACGCUGGGUCUCAUGGACAGUGGGUCAUACCUGGAGCACCGGAUGGCCGGGGUGUACACGGUGACGAUCCGGGGGCUGAACACGGGGACGCUGGACCUGACGACGAACGGGUGGGGGCACGUGGUGGGGCUCGACGGCGAGCGGCGGCGGGUGCACUCGGAGCAAGGGAUGGGCGCGGUGGCGUGGAAGCCCGGGAAGGACAACCAGCCGCUGACGUGGUACCGGCGGCGGUUCGACCCGCCGUCGGGGACCGACCCGGUGGUGAUCGACCUCACCCCCAUGGGGAAGGGCUUCCUCUUCGUCAACGGCGAGGGCCUCGGCCGCUACUGGGUCUCCUACCACCACGCCCUCGGCAAGCCGUCGCAGUACCUCUACCACGUCCCGAGGUCGCUGCUCCGCCCCAAGGGCAACACGCUCAUGUUCUUCGAGGAGGAAGGGGGCAAGCCCGACGCCAUCAUGAUCCUGACGGUGAAGCGGGACAACAUCUGCACCUUCAUGACGGAGAAGAACCCGGCGCACGUCCGGUGGUCGUGGGAGAGCAAGGACAGCCAACCCAAGGCGGUGGCCGGCGCCGGCGCCGGCGCCGGCGGCCUCAAGCCGACGGCGGUGCUGUCGUGCCCGACCAAGAAGACCAUCCAGUCCGUGGUGUUCGCCAGCUACGGCAACCCGCUCGGCAUCUGCGGCAACUACACCGUCGGCAGCUGCCACGCGCCGCGCACCAAGGAGGUGGUCGAGAAGGCCUGCAUCGGCCGGAAGACCUGCUCCCUCGUCGUCUCCAGCGAGGUCUACGGCGGCGACGUCCACUGCCCCGGCACCACCGGCACGCUCGCCGUCCAGGCCAAGUGCUCCAAGAGGCCUCCUCGUUCCGCCGCCACCGCGCAAUAAGCUAGCCAGCCGCCACAUCUCUCUUCUUGUCUCUCAUCAGAUUCUCAGAUAGUUAAAGCUUUGACCUGCUGCUGCUGCCGCCGCUGCUAUUGUACUUUGAUUGGUUCCAUCCAUCAUCGAUCUCACUCACUUCACUGGGGAAUUAUUUAGGCAAACAAUCAAUUCAUGCUCAGCUCCUUGUAUGCACCAUCGUCCAUGGUUUUAUAUGUAGGUAACUGUAGAUUGAUUAAUUGUUGAUGCAAAUAAAUACUAGUCCAUUCCAUUUGGUGAA